AUGGAGGAUCCAAAUGCUCAUAUAACCAAGUUUCUCCGGAUUUGCAGCACAUUUAAGAUGAAUGGAGUUCCGAAUGAAGCAAUCAAACUCCGACUUUUUCCUUUUUCACUAAGGGAUAAAGCCGACAGUUGGCUCAUUUCUUUCCCCGCCAAUCAUUUUGCUAGUUGGGAUCAACUUCAUAGGGAGUUCUUGAAAAGAUUCUACCCACUUUCAAAGACUCAAAGGAUGAGGAGAGCCAUUCAAAACUUCAAGCAAAUUUCAAAUGAAUCUCUAGCCGAAUCUUGGGAGAGGUUUAAGGAACUACAAAGGCAAUGCCCUCAUCAUGGUAUUCAAGGAUGGGAUCUAAUGAUGGCUUUCUAUGAAGGUUUGCUUGAUAAUUCAAAGAUCUUGGUGGAUGCUUCAUCGGGAGGAUCAUUCACGGUUUUGGAACCUACUCAAGCCGAGGAACUACUUGAGAAGAUUGCAACAAAUGGAACAACUUGGUAUUCGGAGAGAUCUUCCCAAAGGCUUGUGGGAGGAUUUCAUGAUGUUGAUCAAAUAUCCGCCUUGUCGGCUAAGGUGGAUAACAUGGCAUCCAUGGUUCAAAAGAUAGCUCAAAUCACCCUCAACAACCAAAAUGUGAGCUAUGCUUCUUCUACUUCUAUUCCUCCAAGGCAAAUCAUGAUGUGUGACUUAUGUGGGGGAGAACACAAUUUGGGAGAGUGCUUAAAUGAUGAUAUGGGUUCUCAAUCUACCAUGGAGCAAGUUGAUUUGGUAGGAUAUGGUAGGCAACAACAAUCAUUCCAACCGCAAGGAGCCUACAAUCCUAAUGCAUCAAGGAAUCACCCCGGUUUUUCUUGGAGUAAUCCGAUGGGGGCUGCAAAUCCCCAAAGUUUUGGCAAUAGAGGACCACCACCGGGAUUCCAAGGGCAACAAAAUUAUAGAGGUGGUCAACAACAACAACAAUCUAGGCAAAAUUUAGGAUUCCAAAACUCUAAUGCUCAACCGAGGCAACCACUAGAGAAGCCGCCUCCACCAAAUUGGGAAGCCAUGAUAGAGAUGAUGUUUAAAUCUCAAAUGCAAAGUGAAGAGAAGAUUAGGCAAGUAUCGGAUAAGUUGGACCAAUUGAGUGCUCAUCAUAAAAUGCUAGAAAAUCAAAUUGCCAAUCAAGCUUCAACCUCUAGCACAAAAGUAACCGGGAAGUUGCCCGCUUGUCCCGAAAAUCCGAGAGAGCACAUGAAUGCCAUUAUCACUAGAAGUGGAAAGCAACUUGAAGUUGAAAAUGGAAAGUUAAAGGAGGAUGUUGUUGUGCAAAGCAAAGGAAAGGAUUCUUGCCUAUUCAAAUCCGAAGAAGAUGAAAUCCAAAAACUUGAACCUUUGUUGAGACAAAUUCCACCACUCCCGUUCCCACAAAAAUUUAAGAAAGCCAAGGUGGAAGAAAGAAGGGCAAGGUUCUUGAGCUUGAUCAAGCAAUUGGACAUUUCUAUUCCUUUGCUUGAUGCCAUCACCGAAAUCCCCUCUUAUGCAAGAUUCUUGAAAGAGAUUCUAUCCAACAAGAGGAGAUUUGAAGACCGUGAAACCGUUGCGGUCAAUGAAGAAUGUAGUGCCCUUAUCCAAAACAAGCUUCCACCAAAACUUAGAGAUCCCGGGAGUUUUUCUAUUCCAUGUGUUAUUGGAGGGUCUCUUGUGCAAAGAGCUUUGUGUGACUUGGGAGCUAGUGUGAGUUUGAUGCCGUACUCUUUAUGUAAAAAGUUGCAACUUGGGGAGCCCAAACCCACCGCCAUAACUUUGCAACUAGCGGAUAGAUCCGUAAAACACCCCGUGGGAGUUCUUGAAGAUGUGCCGGUAAAGAUUGACAAAUAUUACAUCCCGGGUGAUUUUGUGGUUCUAGAAAUGGAAGAAGAUGCUAAAGUUCCUAUCAUUCUUGGGAGGCCAUUUUUGGCAACCUCCGGGGCGGUAAUUGAUGUUAAAAAGGGGACUUUGGUGCUUGAAAUUGGGGAUGACAAAGUUGAGUUUAAUGUUUUUGAAUUGGCUAGCAAAUCCCCUUGUCUUGAUGAAUGCUUUUGUGUAGAUACCAUUGAUUCAUGUGUUCGGGAGACUCUUGAAGAAAGCAAUUGGAUUUCUAAUGAUCCUUUGGGAGUUGAUGUAGAUGAUACUAUUGAGGAAGAGCAAAUUGAUGAAGACACAAGUGGUUUUGAUGAACUUUUUGAUGAGAAUGAAUUAUUGGUGCAACCAUCCUCACCAAAGCUUGAAGUAUUUGGUCUUGGAGACCAAUUGGCCAAUCACAAUGGGGAUAAUCAUCCAAAGGUAGAAUUAAAACCUUUGCCCUCCGAAUUGAAGUAUGCUUUUCUUGGUUCUAAUUCUACAUAUCCCGUUAUUGUGAAUGCUAAUUUGAAUGAUGAUGAAAUUGAGAAGUUGUUGCAUGUGUUGAAAAGGCAUAAAAAAAUCAUUGGUUAUACUCUUGAUGACAUUGUUGGCAUAAGUGCAUCCUAUUGCAUGCAUAGGAUAUACUUGGAAGAGGGGUAUAAACCGAGCAUUGAACCACAAAGGAGGUUGAACCCUAUUGCAUGCGUAUAG